AUGGCAAUGGCCCUUCAAGUAGGGCCCCUCGGAAAGCGCAGGCUUAAUGUGCAGUCCAAGGUCAUAGACAGAGGCACCGGGAGCCAGCUGUUUUCGCAAAGAAAGGGCAAAGACGUGCUGGGAACCAACGAGUUACAGCUGUCGAGUCCGGGCUGGCAAGUUGGGAGUGAGAUGUCCCAAUUCAGGAGAAGCAAAGUGCGCUGGACAACGAGGACUGGGUGCGUCGCCUGUCACAAGCUAGCGAAGAUUCUCAAUAUAUUAAAAAGUGACUGA